AUGAAGAUUGAGGACGACACAACUCUUGACGAGGAACACCCAGUUGAACACGUCAACGCGAUUGGUCUGUGUUACGCGGAACAAUCUCCAAGAACCACAUCAGACUGCUCCAGCAUCGCGGAACAACCUCCGAGGAAGGCACCCGAUUGUUCUCACAUCUCAAAACAUCAUGUCGCCUUGAUCCAAAAGCAAUAUCCUCACCUCCCAUGGUUUGCUGAGAUUACGAACUAUCUAGCUGCUGAAAAGCCACCACUUAAGUUCACACGAAACGACAAGAGGAAAUUCCUGAGAGAGGCAAGGCGUUAUGUUUGGGAUGAACCGUUCUUGUACAAACAAGGCAAGGAUGGUUUAUUCAGAAGGUGUGUUCCAGAGGCAGAUAUCCCAGGAAUUCUGCACCACUGCCAUGGUUCAUCUUACGCAGGUCAUUUCGCUGCAUUCAAAACGGUUUCUAAAGUCCUCCAAGCAGGGUUCUGGUGGCCGACUAUGUUCAGGGAUGCUCAAGCCUACGUAGCCAGGUGCGAUGCAUGCCAGCGACUUGGGAACAUCAGCAAGAGGAAUGAGAUGCCUCAGAAUUACAUUCUAGAGGUUAAGGUAUUCGACUGUUGGGGAGUCGAUUUCAUGGGACCAUUCCCUGCGUCCUUCAAGAACGAGUACAUCCUUGUCGCCGUUGACUACGUGUCUAAGUGGGUAGAAGCAGUAGCAAGCCCUACGAACGAUGCAAAAGUGGCGACUAAGAUGUUCAGCUCAAUCAUAUUCCCAAGGUUCGGAGUGCCUAGGGUCGUAAUCAGCGAUGGUGGAACACACUUCAUCAACAAGGCAUUUCAGGGCCUUUUAAAGAAGAAUGGAGUGAACCACAAGGUGGCAACCGCUUACCAUCCACAGACGAGCGGACAGAACAGCCUACAAGACGCCGCUAGGACGACUCCCUACCACCUUGUGUAUGGUAAAGCAUGUCACCUCCCCGUCGAGCUUGAAUACAAGGCUGCAUGGGCAGUCAAGCUACUGAAUUUUGACAUCAAGCCAGCAACCGAGAGACGCAUGAUCCAGAUUCAUGAACUGGAGGAGAUAAGGCACCUCGCCUAUGAAAGCUCCAAAAUCUACAAAGAGAAAACCAAGGCCUACCAUGACAAGAGGAUCAUUGCCAGACAAUUCGAACCCAACGAUAAGGUCUUGCUUUUCAAUUCGAGGCUGAGAUUGUUCCCAGGGAAGUUGAAGUCUAGAUGGUCCGGGCCUUUCACUGUUAAGGAAGUUCGACCCUACGGAGCAGUUGUGUUAUUAGACAGAAAAGGCGACGAGUUUGUAGUGAAUGGACAGCGCGUCAAGCACUACCUUGCUGACUCCACUAUCGCAGAGGGAGAAGAAAUUCUCCUAAGCGAGCCCCCAUCAGCCUGA